CAGAAGGAGUGGCAGGUGGUGUGGUGGUGAGGGGGGCCGGCAGGCGGGUGGGGGGGUAGCGCAAAGUGAUAGUCAAAGAGAAGUUGAAGGGAUGCAAGCCAUGGAGUUAAAGUGACGGAAGGAAGAAGAUCAAGAAAGCUGCUGCAUGACUUGAAGGGGAACAGAUCGUUCACGAUCAUCAUAACAGACAAGAAAACAAAAGCAAAAUCUACUUUGCCUUCUGUGAGACUGACAGCAGCAUGGCGAGCCUCCCCGCAGACCCACCUUUGGACACCGGCAAAGAAAGCUUCUGGAUGCCUGGGAAUUAUGUGCGCACGGUGCACAGAACACAGCAGUCCUACCAGGCGUGCAAUGACCUGGUGGCCUGCUUCACAGAGAGGGCCAGGGUGGAAAAGCAGUACGCCCAUCAGCUGAGCCAGUGGAGCAACAAGUGGAAGUCCAUAGUGGAUUCACGGCCGCUUUACGGCUCCCUGCUGGCGGCCUGGCAGAGCUUCUUCACCUCCUCCGAGCGUCUGUCCGUCCUCCACUUGUCCAUCUCGCAGUCUCUCGUCGCGGAGGAAGGUGAACGGGUGAAGGCCUGGCAGAAAGAGAGCUUUCCCAAAAAACUCUUCUGCGGGUUCCGAGAGAGCCACAACAACAAGACAAGUUUUUCACGGACGCAGAAACCCUGGAAACAAAAACUGACCAAGUUGGAGAAGGCCCGGGCGGCGUACCACAAGUCCUGUCAGAAGGAGCUGAGCGCCGUGAACAAAGAAAAACAAGCAAAUGACAAUCCAGAUUUAAGUCCGGAGAAAAAGCAGAAAGUGACGGAGGUCCGAGAGGUAGUCACAGAGGCGAAAACCAAGGCCCGAGAACACUAUGAGAAAGUCCUGGAGGACGUGACCAGCUACACUCCGCGCUACAUGGAGGAGAUGGAGGCCAUUUUUGAACAGUCGCAAGAGGAGGAGAGGAAACGCAUCAGCUUCUUGAAACAGGCCUUCCUCUCUAUCCACCGACAUCUUGACAUUACCAACAACGAGGACGUGAAGGCGGUGUACAGUGACCUCCACCAAACACUCAUGUCCAUCGAUGAGCUGGAGGACCUCAAAUGGUGGAAAAACAAUCGUGGUCCAGGCAUGCUCACCAACUGGCCAAAGAUCGAGGCAUGGGUUCCACCUGUAAAAAAGCUGAAAAGAAAGAAGCGAGAGCAGAGAAGCAAAGAAAGUGCACCAGUGAUGAUCGGAGGCGUGAAGGUAUGCGCCCUGUACGAUUAUGUGGGGGAAGAGGGUGAUGAGCUCUCCUUUAAAUCAGGUGAGGUGUUCCUGAAGGUGGAGGAGGAGGAUGAUCAGGGAUGGUGUCGGGGGGUCCUGAGUAGCGGGAAGGAGGGAUUCUACCCAGCCAAUUACGUCGAACUUGUGGAGUGACGUCACCAAAAACGUGUUGAAAUAUUCUGAUUGUGAUAUUUACUUCUGAACAGCGCAUUCAUGUUGUCACACUUUGAAUUGAAACAAUAGGAUAGUCUUGUAAAUGCUAACCUUUUUUGGUGUAUGAACUGAUUAAUUCAAAGCAAGAAUGUGUGUUUAGUCAUAAGAAUUGGGAGAGUUAUUUAUGUGAUCAAAGUCCAAUAAAGUUUUCCCGGGCACAUGUUUACAAUAAUGUGUGUAUUGUUCACAUGGUUAAUGUUUACUAUAUCAGUAUUCAAAAUAAAAUGAUUCUAUUUUACAACCA